CGGUGGCACAGCAACAUCCAGACGUGUUUUAGGCAUUUGCGGUAUUUUCCUUGGGCAUUUGUUUAUAAUGUUGCAGCGUUAAAGUGAUUGCUGCAUUUUUAAUUUGCAGCAUUUUCCCCGUUGCAUUUGUUUCACCGGCUCUCGGUGGUUUUGGAUCAUUUCUGCGUUUGGAGCGUUUGGGGUGACGCUGCAGGUUUGCCCCUUCCGGCCACCGUACACCGGCCAAUGCCAGAACUGAAAGAAUUCCGGAAAUACACCAGCUGCACAACAACAUUACUGAGAUUAUUGUUUACAUUCAGUUAUUGUAGUAUCUUUAGUCACAAAUAAUUGUCCAUGAACAGUUUUGAGUUUUAUUCUUUUUCUUACAUGGCAGGAACAACAACCAAAUUGUCUCGGGUGAUUAUGAAAUUGAACACAUUAACGACGUUGACCUCAUAAAGCAGGGGUCGCGCCGUGCAGACCAGUAGGAAUGGGAUCUGGCUGUGUCCCACCGUUCUGCUGCUUCUCCUCUUCCUCGGCUUCCGCCUCCAUUGUGCAUAAAAAUCAAUAAUUUAGCAUUCACAUCGAUGAGCACGCAUUAAGUGACAUUUUACGAGCUGAAAGACGGGGGGUGGGGAAGAAAAGACACCGAAGAAGUGGACCACCACUUUGCCUCGCCAAGGCGUGAUGUCGACCAUAAGUCCAGCCAUGAGAGUCUUCGCGCCGGUUCGAAAGGACCGCGUCAUCGCACAGCUGCCGCAUUGUUUCCGGAAGGACGCGGCGCUGCACACGGAACGUGACUUCAGCCCCAAAGUGAAGGCGGCCUGCCAGGAGCAUCGCACCGGCACAGUCGGAUUUAAAAUCUCCAAGGUGAUCGUCGUGGGGGACUUGGCCGUGGGAAAAACCUGUCUGAUUAAUAGGUUUUGCAAGGAUGCUUUCGAUAAGAACUACAAAGCGACGAUCGGUGUGGACUUCGAGAUGGAGCGUUUCGAGGUGCUCGGCAUCCCCUUCAGCCUGCAGCUGUGGGACACGGCAGGACAAGAGCGGUUCAAGUGCAUCGCUUCUACGUACUACAGAGGGGCGCAGGUUGUGAUCAUCGUGUUUGACGUAAAUGACGUGGGGACUUUGGAUCACACGAGGCAGUGGCUAGAAGAUGCGCUGAAAGAGAACGACCCCACGGCGGUUCAGCUGUUCCUCGUGGGCACCAAGAAGGACCUGAGCUCUCCUGGUCGGUACUUUCAGAUCGAACAAGAUGCCCUCAAGGUGGCGCAGGAGAUGCGAGCAGAGUAUUGGACGCUGUCGUCACUCACAGGGGAGAACGUGAAGGAGUUCUUCUUCCGCGUUGCAUCGCUGGCCUUUGAAACAAACGUCCUCGCCGAGCUGGAGAAGAGCGGGACGAGACAGAUAGGAAAUGUCGUCCGAAUCCACAGCACCGCAAACAACAACCUGUACAACACGUCCAAGAAGAAACAGCCAGCCUGCUGUCAGUGAGGAGAAUGAUGCGUUCAUGGGUCCAACGGACAUAAAAGGACACUCCUGCAUGCUUGACUUUUCCUGUGUGGGAUGUGGAUUCAUGAGGUGCUAACAUGGUUCACACGUAUAGGGAUUUUUAAUAACAUACAGUAUCUUAAAAAAAAAGAGGGGGGUUGCAAUAGAAACUCUGUCCACGGCUUUUCAAGCGCUAUUUUAGCCAAUCAGAAGCCUGAAAACAGAAUAUGCAAGUAGUGGCAGAUGAUUCAAUUCUGUGUCAGGUUGCACCAAAUAAAGGCGAUAACAUUCUGUAGCAAACAUUAGACCUAAAUAAGAAGCUUUUUGUUGAUGUGGAAUAAAGACUUGUACUGCCAAAGAACACCCACGCAAGGCAGCGCUGUCCAAAGUUGACUGUUUUUGGCCUGUUUUUAUUGUCCUUUUGCAGAUUCUGUGCUGAUAAGAUAUAUUGUUGAAUACCACACAUUUGUUUUGUCACCUAUGCUGCAAGAUGAGUGUGUUGUGCAGGUAGCUUAGCAUAUUUUGGCCCACAGUACAGCGCUACGUUGGCUUUAGCAUCUUUAAUCUACAAAAUGUAUCAAAGUUCUAGUCCAAAAGUUUGGACGGCAGGUUUUAACAUGACUGGAUGGCACUCAUGGCUGCAGUUAGGAACACAAGUUACUUUUUAUACUUGGCAGCCUUUUCAGAUUGGAUUCUGACUUAAGCAAAAAGUGCUCUGAUUUUACAUAAUUUAAAAGAACAGUUCUACAGCUGAGGUGGAUCAGUUCUGCUUUGAAUGGAUCGUGUUUCCUAGCGAGGGUCCCGAGUAAGGCAGCCAUUAUUCAUGCACACGUUUAGAUUGCUUUUAGUUGCCAACGAGUGUUAAGAAUGAAACAUGUUUGUAAAUGUUUCAUGGUGUUGAUAUAAAACUAUUUUGACAUGAAAGAUCCUAAAUAAAGUGUUUUUUAAGGAA